AAUAUGAUUGUAUAUUAUUUAGUAUAAUAGCAGUUUUUAAAAAAUUUCUUAACGAUUAGCAAAAGUUUUAGUGUUGGCCGGCGAUGUUGUGUAUUCGCCGCAGUACUCUGAUAGCAACUGUAAACAAAAUAUUGUUUUUGUUUUGAUAUCUAUCUCUUUAUUAUACGAGAAGUAAUUUUGCAUAUAUUAAAUUGAAAAUAUUUGACAUAAAUGGAAACUUUACCAUUAUCUGAAUAUCAAAAAAUAUGUAGAAUUUGUUUAAAAAAUGAUAUACUCGUAUCCAUUUAUAGUCCGACUUUUUUAAUACGGCCAAUUGAAAUGCUGGAAAAAUUGCAAAUUUUAAAGGUACAUACAUAUCUGCCCCUAGAUGACACAUUACCCACGUUGUUGUGUCAAUCUUGUUUAUAUCGUCUCUUGGAUGCCUAUAACUUGCAGCAAUUGGCAGAAGCUUCCGAAAGACGUUUAAGGGAGUACUUUGGUCUACCAACUACGUCUUCAGCAACAAGCAACUUAAAUUGCAAUGAAAUGCCACCAAACUCGGAUUUAAUUAAACCUGAUACAGAUUGUUCCUCCGUUUCCAUGUACGCUAACAUCUGUGAUAUGUUCGAUCGUCAUGAUGUAACAAAUGAUAUGGUUGAAGUAGUUGGUGGAACAGAUGAUGUUGAACUUUUAAACGAUGUCGAAAUUGAUGUCAGUAGUUUGACAAGAUCUGAGGCUGGAGACACCUCUCUCAGUGAUGUUUUUAUGACUACAAAGACGAAAUUAUCAUUUGGUUCGCAUUUGCUGGCCAAAAAUUUAGAAAAUUUUAAACCAGAUUUUCCAAUUUCGACAUUUACUCAUGUUAAGUCCGAUAGAAAACGUGUCAACGUUAAAAAAUCACAAAGAAUAUCGAAGAAGUAUUUGAACAAAACGUUAAAGCCGUCCGAUAAAUGCUUAGAAUGUGGCAAAGUUUUUCACUACAAAGGAUAUUUAGAAAUACAUAUGCGUGUUCAUACUGGAGAAAGACCGUUUAAAUGUGAGUUGUGCUCUCGUCAAUUUAUCACAUCUAAUAAACUUUUAUUACAUCAACGUACACAUAGCCGCCACAACAACAACAACAACGAUAACAGUAAUAAAAAUUAUAUUAACAACACAUUAACAAUAUCAGCAACGUCACCAUUAUCAUCAUCAUCAUUAUCGGCGACAUCAGCAUUAACAACAAUCAAACGCUUUCAGUGUGAAAUUUGUUCGGCAUUUUUUACAACAUCGAGUAAUUUAAAAUCACAUAAAUUCACGCAUACCGAUCAGAGAGUAUAUCAAUGUAAACACUGUUUAAUGGCAUUCAAAUCACCAAGAGAUUUAAAACGUCACGAGCCGUCACAUAAAACAAUUAAAGAUAUACACUGUACGAUCUGUGAGAAAUCAUUUACGAAACGUGCAUCACUUAAUGCUCAUAUGAUUACAGUACAUCGACGAAUACGUAAACAUAAAUGUACAGAGUGUGAUAAGAUUUUUGGCAAAAGAUCAAAUCUAAUAAAUCACAUGAGAAUACACAGUGGAGAAAAACCAUUUGAAUGUCACUCUUGUUCAUGGAAAUUUGCACAGUCAUCAGCGUUAAAAAGACAUAUGAAAAAGCAUGCAAAAAAUACAAUUACAGCCCAACAAGAAACAACCUAAUAUUAUGGUAUAAAACUAAUGAACAAAUCUUUGAAUUCAAGAAAACAAAUAAUUUUUGUUUGUUUGCCAGCAUUUAUUUAUGAUUUUUUCAUAUAAUUUUCAUAUAAACGCAAGAGAUCCGGACUGGUUCUUGGCUGUACAGCUUUCAAAGCAUAUUCAAAUUGUGACCAUGUCACACAAGGUGCAUCGAAACUAUUCUCUAAUGUUUUCAAGGCAGCUUCAUGACAAACCGCUUGAAUUUCAGCACCCGAAUAACCUUCAGUUCUUUUUACCAACUCUUGCAAACUGACAUCUUCAGACAAGGGCAUUUUUUUUAAUUUAAUGCGAAAAAUCUCGUGACGUGCUUUGUCAUCGGGUAGACCAACAUAAAUAAUACGAUCUAUACGACCGGGACGUAGCAAGGCUUUAUCAAUCAUAUCAGGACGAUUUGUGGCAGCAACAAUUGUUACAUUCUCUAGCGACUCAACGCCAUCCAAUUCGGUCAAUAGCUGGGUAAGUACUCUUUCUUUAACUGAACUGCCCGAACCCGAAGAAGAGCCAUCUGAACGUUCACCACCUAUAGCAUCAAUUUCAUCGAAGAAUACUAUGGCCGGUGCUACUUGUCUAGCUUUGCGAAAAACUUCUCUAACAGCCCUUUCAGAUUCACCUACCCACAUGGAAAACAACUCCGGUCCUUUGAUAGAUAAAAAGUUUAGUUGGGAUUCUGUAGCUAAAGCCUUGGCAAUCAUUGUUUUGGAACAACCGGGAGGACCAUACAUUAAUAAACCUCUAGGUGGUUUAAUACCUAAUCUUUGAAACUGUUCGGCAUGUUUUAAAGGCCACUCAAUGGCUUGUUUUAAUUUUAAUUUCAGUUCAUCUUGACCACCUAUAUCGGACCAUUUUAUAUUGGGACAUUCUAUUAAAACCUCACGCAUGGCAGAGGGUUUAACAUAUUUUAAGGCAUUAUUCAAAUCCUCAACUUUUAGCUGUACGGAAGUGUUGGCAUUGUGAUGCAAUGCCUUUAAGGUAGCAUUGUAAAUUAGAUUAGCUAAAUCGGCUCCCACAAAACCCAAACAUUUUAAGAUAUCUUGGCGUCCUUCGGGUGUUGGAGCAGCCACCUCAACUUCACAAUCUAAUCUACCACAUCUUCUGAUACUGGGAUUUAACAUUUCCAACUGUGAAGUGGUAGCUAAAACAAAACAUCUUUGAGCUUCGCGUUUAUGGGCCAGUGAAUCCAUCAUAUUGAGAAAAGCCAUUGAAACUCGUUUUACCACUUCAUUGCUUUCGUGUUUUGGACAUAAAUUGUGUACAUCUUCUAUAAUCAUUAGUGUAGGCUGUGGAUAAUGUUUGUAAACUUUAUCGAAAUAAACAGCCAAGUUUUUCUCUGUUUCUCCUAGGAAUUUACUAAAUAAUUCACUGAUGUUUAAUUUCAAUAUUAAUGGUUUGAACGAGGAUUUUCCUUGUAUUUCCUGUUUCUGUAGCAAUCUACUACACAUGGCCUCACAAAUCAUAGUUUUACCACAGCCCGAAGAGCCAUAAAUUAAUAAGCCUCGGGAAAUUUUGACACCUGCAAAAAAUUUUUUAUAUUUAAACAAAAAGAAGUCAUGUAUUCUCCUUAAACCCAAUGCAAAAUCUAUAGCUUCUUCGAUGAUUUCCAACUGUUUGCUUAAACCACCGAUAUCGUUUUUUGUCACCAAAUACCUUGAUAAAUCCUCAGAUUCAUCAUCAGAGUUGGGAAUAUUUUCCGAUGAUACUUCUAUGAUUGUUGCAUUGGUCACCUUAAAAAUAUCCUCACUUGGUGAAUGUUUGUUAAUGUUUAAAUCAUUUAGAGAUUUCUCCAAAACAUUAGAUGAAUCAUCGUUAUUACUGUUACAACUUAAAGCUGACCAGUAAAUAAUCUUCAAAGUUAGCGUUUUAUUAAAGAAAUUAAAAUAUACCACCGAACCCAGGGUAAAUGAUAAAUUUCUUAAUUCCAAUUUUAAUAAACGAUCAACAUCUUUGAGUUGUUGACUAUUUAAAGGUUCA